AUGUCGUGGGAGGGUGACAAUAACGAGCGGGUUCUGGUGCCUGUAAGCAGUGACGCGUGUAGCAAGGACGCGCUGCGAUGGGCCGUAGCCAAUAAGAUCUCGCACCCCGACGACCUGCUCGUACUGCUCCACAUCGUCACCAAAGCGCCGGGUCCGGAUGGGUACGACGUGGCGCAGAGCGGUGUGUCGAAGACGGCGAUCGUGCAGCACGUGCGCACCGCCAUCAUGCCCAUGCUCUCGCAGCUCAAAGCCUCGAUUGACGCCAAGGUGCGCUUGGAGCUGCGCGUGGGGCGCAACGACUCGCGGGACGCGGGGAUCAUGGAGGAGGCGAAGAAGCUGCAGGCGACGUGCCUCGUUCUGAGCACCAAGGGGCGCGGGAUGUUCUCCAUGCGCGGCAAGCUAUCAGGCAGCACGAGCGCCUUCUGUCUCAAGAACCGCCCGCCCUCGCUCUCCGUGAUAGUCGUCUCUAAAGACAAAGUUCUCCUCUCCAAGCACGGCGAGUCCACCCCCCCCGACCGCUCCCCUGCUCUCUCCCUUGGCGGCAGCCCCCUCCCUGGCGCCUCCUCCUCUUCCAUCCCCUCCGCUGGCUCCUCCCCUGGGGAUAGCCGGAGGAACAGCGAGAGCCGGAGCGGUGAGAGCCGGUCGGAUGCAGUGCAUGCGGUGCAGGACAGUGAAGGCGGUGGUGGUGGCAGUGGCAGCGGCAGUGGUAGUUUUGGCAGGGGCAGUUUCGUGCGCGCUGGCUCUUCCCUGUCGGAUCGUUCUGUGGUUUCGGAUGGGAGCAGCAGCAAGGAGGUCACUGCGGUGAUGACUGCGGCACCUGCGGCAGAUGGUGGUUUCGGGGAGGAGAGGCGCAUGGGGGACGGGCAGGAGGGAGGCGGCAGAGGGAAAGGGGAGGAGAGGGGGGUGGGUAAGGAGUUGCAGCAGUUGCGGGAGCAGCAGCAGCAACGGCUGUUGCUGCACCAGCAGCAGCAGCUUCAGGCAGCUGCCAAGCUGGCUGCUCUUAUGGAGGGUGUUAAUGUGGGCGGGGGAGCAGGGGGAGGGGGAGGAGGAAAGGGAGGGGGAGGAGGGUGGGGAGGGAACGGAUUUGGAGGAGAGGGGAGAGGGGAAGGGGGAGGAGUGGGAGGAGGGGGGGCAGGAGGAGAGCUUACUGGUGGGGGUGAGAUAGGGGCCGGCAGUACGUGGAGCGAUGCACAUGACGCUGCCUCUGUAGUUCAUGCUGUUGCCAGGUCGCAACAGCACGGCAGCAGCGGCGGCAGCGGUGGCAGCGGAGGGUUGAGCCUUGCGAGCAGCACAGGGAGCACGUUCACCAUGGGGAGUGGGAGCGGUCCGAGCAGCAGGGCUGGCAGCGGGGGUGAGGCAAGCAGCGCUCACAUCACUGGCACUGGCACCAGCAAUGGCAGUGGCGCCGUUGGGGCUGGAGUGAAGGAGGCAGGCAUGGUAGCAGCUGCGUCUGCUGUGGCUGGGGUGAAGGAGGUCGGUGGGGUGGGAGAAGGUUUGGGGGCAGCAGCGGUGGCAGGAACAUUGGAAGCGUCCAGUGGGGUGUACUGCCGUGUGUACUCUUAUGAGGAGAUCCAGAGAGCAACCGACAAUUUCUGCCCCCAGCUGGUGCUGGGAGAGGGCGGCUGCGGCACCGUCUUUUCUGGGAUGCUGGGCGGCAGCAAGGUGGCUGUGAAGGUGAUAAAGACGGAAGACGCCACCCGGGCAGCCAAGGAAUUUCAGAGAGAGGUGGAGCUACUGAGCCAAAUCAAUCACCCACAUGUGCUGUCCCUCCUCGGCUGCUGCCCGUCGCACCACUGCAUAGUGUACGAGUUCAUGGCCAGCGGCACUCUCGAGGAGCGCCUGCUCUGCGCCAACAACUCGCCGCCCCUCCCCUGGUUCGCCCGCCUUCGCAUCGCUGCCGAAAUCGCCUCCGCGCUCCUCGCUUUACACUCCCAGCCCAAGCCCAUAAUCCACCUGGACUUAAAGCCCGCGAAUGUGCUUUUAGACGAGCGGCUUGUAGCAAAGCUGGCCGACGUGGGGGUUGCGAGGCAGAUGCCGGGGAGCGGUGGGGGUUCGGACCAGGGCUUUAAUGUCACGCACGCGCACACGUCUAUGCCGAUCGGGACCGUUGCUUACGUCGACCCGGAAUAUCAACGGACGGGCGAUUUCAGCCCGAAAUCGGAUGUGUAUGCCCUCGGGAUUAUCCUGUUUGACUUGCUGACCGGGCGGCAGCCGGCGCGGUAUGAGAGAAUAGAAGAUGCUGUGGAUGAAGGAGAUGAGGAGGCGUUGGGAAAGCUGCUGGAUGGGAAGGCAGGGAAGUGGCCCAUUGGGCUGGCAAUGGAGGUUGCGAGGAUUGCUGUGUGGUGCAGUGAGAUGAAGAGGAAAAAGAGGCCUGACCUUGGGGAAGUGGUGAUGCCGGUGCUGAUGAAAGCACAAAAGGAGGCUGUGAUUAUGAUGGAGAGGAUGAUGGCUGUCGUGGCCGUGAGCAAGGACCCGUCGAGCCGCGACGCCAUAAAAUGGGCGGUUCGGAAGAAGAUGAAGCGCGCCGAUGACAUGCUCAUCCUCCUGCACAUCGUCUCCAGGCUCCCCGCUCCAGGCGGGUAUGGUGACGUCUCAAAAGCCUUUGGGUGCUCUCAUACCCCUUUUGAGACGUCUCAAAAGCCUUUGGGUGCUCUCAUACCCCCCUCGUCCCCCGUCCCAUCCCCGUUUGUCCCUUCAGGCGGGUACGGUGGUGGGGGGGCGGGCGGGGAGAUAUACCAGAGCGAGGCGACGACGGCGGCGUUCGUGGCUUACCUGCGGGACGUGGUGAAGCCCAUGAUGCUGCGGCUCAAGGCCGCCGUGGAUCCCAAGGUGCAGGCGCGCGUGGAGCUGAAGGUGGGCCGCAGCAACUGGCGCGUGAGGGGCAUUCUGGAGGAAGCCACGCGCCUGCAGGCGUCCAUACUCGUCAUCGGCGCGCAGCCCAGCCUCGACUCGUUCGGCACGGGGGCGUAUUUCAUCCGCAACAAGCCGCCACACAUGUCAGUGUAUGUCAUUCAGGCGGGCAAGCUGCUGGUGAGCCACGAGGCAGACGGGCACAUCACCGGCUCCCCUGCUGCCCUCGACGCCCUUGCUCUCGAAGCCGCCGCUGCGGAGGAAGCAGCAGGAGGCGGAGGGGGAGGGGGAGCGGGAGGGGGGUUUACGGAUGGAACGGGGUCCUUAUUGGGCAUGUCUCCGGGUCAGUUUCAGGGCGGAGGGCCCUUAUUGGUGGAUCAGCUGCUGGCUGCCGGCCUGCGAUUGGACACGCCGGCUGCUGAGCUGGCGGCGCUGCGGCUGCCUCCUGAAGUAUUAGAGCAAUUGCUGGCCGCACAGAUGACAGCUGGUGAGUCCACGUGGCAGAUGGUGAGUCCAGGUGGCAUGCGGUGUGUGCAGGUGGCAUGCGGUGUUGCAGGCAGGCAGGGGUCACUGGAAGGCACAGGGUAUGAUGGCAUGGGGUACAGUCACAGUGGGGGUGACAUACCCAUCGGUAACCCUCCUGCCACCAUAGCUAAUGCCAACGACAGCAACGCCGCCAGUGCCAAUCGGCUUGGGCAGUUCCUCACUCCGCCUCGCUCUCGGAGUGGUACGGAUGGCCUGGCGUCUGUCCUCGCUAGAGACAGCCUCACUAGUAGCUCUGGCCCGCUGCCGCGCCUCUCGCCUUCUUUUAAGCCGUCCAGAGGGCGAUAUGAGGGAGGGGGUUAUGAGGGAGGGGGGUAUGAGGGAGGGGGGUACGAGGGAGGAGAGUAUGGGGCCGCGAAUACCUCUCCUGCUGGAGGGAGAAAGCUGAAGGCGAGUCGCAGCAGUGUUGACAGGCACAGGAGAGAGAGGAGCGGCGGUGCUGGCAGUUCUGGCGGUGGCGGUGUUGACUUUGUUGCCUUGGGUGCUGCUGCAUCUGGUGUGGGAGACGCGUCACGAGGGGCAGGCCGGAAGAGCGCAGCAGCGAUAGAGAUAGAGCAGAUGCGGCUACAUGCAAAGGAGGCGGAAACAGCCAGGCUGCACGCAGAGAGGCGGCUGCUGCAGAUGCGCGUGCAGGCACAGGCAGGCCGGGGGGAGGCGGCUACUGAGGCGAGCCCGUGGGGAGGGAGGGGGGAGGAGGGUGCAGGGCAGGUGAGGGGAGAGGGUGGAGUGGCAAGGUGCGGGAGCGAGGGAGAAGUGGGCGGCCAGUCGCAGUACAGUUAUGAGCUGGCACAGUCGCAGAAAGAAUUUGAAGCUGCCCGGAUGAAGCUGGCCUCAGUGGAAGCAGCUUUGGCCCGGGCAGCGGGCAAAACGAAACAGGAAGAUGGAGGGGAGAGAGGAGUAGGAGGAGCAGGGUCAGGAAGGCGAACGGGGCAGUCGGGGCUGUCUGUCAGUGGCGGUAGUGGCAGCAGAGGUGGUAAAGCAGGGGGAGCAGAGCCGUCAGUUGCAGCAGCGGCAGAAGCGGCAGCAGCAGCGGCGCAGAGAUUAGCGCAGAGAGGAGGCAACUCGAACUUCAGAUUUGAGCAAGGGACCAGAGAGGGCUUAAGAUGGGGGGAGACAGGGAAUGGGAGGGAUGAGGAUGAUGAGGAUGAGGGGCAGGAGUGUGGGGAGGAAGAAGAAGACGAAGAAGAAGAGGAGGAAGAGGAAGAGGAGGAGGUAGGGGAGGAGGAUGACGAGUUGCAGAUUGAUAUAUUGAGUGCGGCUGGGAGUGGUGUGGUGGGGUUUACUGAUGGAUCCUCCUCCACCUUUGACCUAAGCUCCCUCUCCCCUCGCUCACUCCACGGCGCAGACUCAAACAGCCGUCCUCCCUCUGCCAACACCCGUGGCCUAACCAAAAAACAUUCCCAAAAUAGCAGCCUUUCCUUUACUGGAGGGUUUGAGGGUUCUGCCAGUGAUCUCCAGGUUGACCUUUUGGGCGGCAGCUCGUUGGGUAUGGACAAGGGAGCGGGCGGUGCAGAGGGAGGGGAGCAGCCAGAUGAUGACGUGGAUUUGUCUCUUUCCAUGUCAGAGCUCCAGAUCGACCUGCUUAGCCCUGGAGAGAACACGAGGAGGGGGGAUAAGCAUGAGAAGGAGCAGGAGGAGUGUGAGCGGGGAAAAGAGAGGGGUGGUGGGGAGUUGGGAGAGGUACAGGAGGAAGAGGAAGGGGAUGGGUGCGAGCUUGACCUAGGGCUUAGUCUAGUUGGGGGUUCUGUGGAUGAUGGGUUUGGUAAUAAUGGCAGGGGCACGGAGGGUGGUGACAGUGGUAGUGGCAGCGGCGGCGGCAGUGGCAGCAGGGGUAGUGGCAGUGGGAGUGGCAGCAGGGUUAGCGGUAGCAGUGGGAAUGUGGGGGAGGUUGUGGAGGAGCGAGAGAGGGAGGGGCAAGGGAAGGGAGAGGCGAAGGAGAAAGGAGGGGAUGGAGAAGGGAAGGGUAAAAGAGCUGGAGCUGUCAAGCAUGCCGCAACGGACAACUUCAACCAGAAGAACCGGCUGGGCGAGGGCGCGUUUGGCACCGUGUAUGGAGGGCGGCUGCACCACACUCGCGUGGCGGUGAAGGUUCUUAAAGCCACUGACGUGGUCAAAGCCACGAACGAGUUCCAGCAGGAGGUGGAGGUGCUAAGCCAGAUACAGCACCCACACGUGGUGAUGCUGCUGGGCUGCUGCCCGUCGCACCACUGCAUUGUGUACGAGUUCAUGGCCAGCGGCACUCUCGAGGAGCGCCUGCUCUGCGCCAACAACUCGCCGCCCCUCCCCUGGUUCGCCCGCCUCCGCAUCGCCGCUGAAGUCGCCUCGGCUCUCCUCAUUCUCCACGCACGCCCCAUCCCCAUUGUGCACCGCGACUUAAAGCCCGCCAACAUCCUUUUAGAUAAGAAUCUCGUCGCGAAACUCGGCGAUGUGGGCCUGGCGAAGCUGAUGCCGGGAACAGGAUCGCAGGUGCACACGCACGCGCAUGAUUCCGUCCCUGUGGGGACUCUUGCUUACGUCGACCCGGAGUUUCAGCGAACGGGGGACUAUGGGCCGAAAUCCGAUGUGUAUGCGCUCGGGAUUAUUUUAUUUGAUAUUCUGACCGGGCGCAAGCCGACGACUUAUGAGGAGUUAGAGGAGGCUGUGGAUGAGGAAGACGAGGAAGCUUUUGGGAAGCUUCUGGAUGAGAAGGCGGGCGAGUGGCCGAUCGGGCUGGCGAUGGAGGUGGCAAGGAUGGCAGUGCGGUGCAGUGAGAUGCGGAGGAAGAAACGGCCGGAUCUGGAGAGUGAGGUGAUGCCGCUGCUGGCGCGGGCGAGGGAUGAGGCGGCAGAGGCAGAGGAAGCUGCCGGGAAGGAGGGUGGGCGGUCGGGGGGGAGUGGGGAUGUGCCCAAGGGGUUGCUGUGCCCGAUCAACAAGAAAAUAAUGGUGGAGCCGGUGUUAGCAGCAGACGGGUACACUUACGAGAAAGCAGCCAUUCAAAUGUGGCUGGAGCGAGCCGACCUAUCCCCCAUCACCAACGAGCCCAUGCCGCACAAGCACCUCAUGCCGAACCUCGUGGUUCGGGAUUUGAUAGCUGACUGGACCAACAAGAAUGUGAAGACUGAAGCUUGA